CACUGGAGGAGCAAAGCUCAGCAUCUUCAGACUCAGCAUCUUCUGCUCCACGCCAACUGCAGUCAUGAAUGUAGGUAUCUGUGUGUGCGUUCUCCUGGCUGCUCUGUCCAGCGGUUCCCUGAGUCUGCCCUCACAGUCCAUGUCACAGAGAGCUGAGGGUGAGGCUCUGGUCUCAGACAGCAUGUCUCCCGCCUCAGCCCACCACACACGCCAGGCCCGCUCAGCUCCAGCGCCCCCCACAGGGCGCCUAGCCAACUACAACGAACCCCAGGAGGACGCAGAUGCUCGUAACAGCCUGAGCCAGCUACUGGCCAGACUCAUCUCCAGGAAAGGCUCUCUCUACCACACCAGAUCCUCCCUUAGCAGCAGAGCCAGCGGUCCAGCCCCCGGCCACAGGAUAAAGGACAGAGACUACAUGGGCUGGAUGGACUUUGGACGACGCAGUGCAGAGGAGUACGAAUACUCCUCCUAAAGGCAAUGGCUUGCUUUCGCUGAAACCUGAGUUACAACCCUCAUCACCGCCAAUAAACAUCUACAAAAAAUAAUUAGCCCUUUUCACACUGCACUUACUGUAACCAAGGGCUGACUUGACUGGAUCCCAGAGUGAGUUUAGCAUCAUUAUAUAUAAGCAGAGAGGAGGAAAAUAUCCCCAACAGGGCAAAUCCUGCAAUCUAUGGACCCUGAAUCUCCAUGCUGAAGUUAAGAGCACUUUUCAAACCACUCCCACUGUAUGUCAUAACUGUAUUUAAACACAAAUGCUGAGGAUAUGGCUGAAAAUACUCUAUAUUGUUAUAAGUGUCAGGAAAUCCUAUGAAAAAAAUAAAGAUCAACAGAUCUAUCUCGAUACUUUCUGACUUCUCUACCCUGUGUGUGACUCCCAGCCUCAAGCCCCUUUUGUUCCUACAGUACUGAAGACAUGAAUUAUUAAAAACACCUCACACAUUUCUGGUUUCAUUUUUAGAAAGACCACUAGCAGCUAUAUUUAAAAAAAAACAUCACUCGAACAGUGUAAUGGUGUGACUCAUAAACGGGCUUUGUUGUUUUUGGACAACACUGGAGCUCUAUGACACAGAGGGUAAUUGAGGCUUUGACUAUUUAUGAGACCUUUUAAUUUAUUGUUGGCAUUUUUUCAUGGGAUUUGUUGAUAAUAUGAAGAAUAUAGAAUAUCACCAGACCCACAGUAUCCUUUAGGUCCAACAGGAGACAAACACAAGGUUAUGUUCACUGUUGUUAACAGCAUAGCAGACAUUUGCUCAUUGGUUUUGUGCAACAUUAAGUAAUGUGUUUUUUGUUAUGUUUUUAAGUGGAUAUAAUAUUAAUUGGCUUUGAACAAUUGGAAAAGAAAAAGUAUAUACAUUUCUGCCCUAUUCUCAGUGUUUUAAGACUCAAAAUUAUGUUGCUUGAAGUAUUGUUUAAGUGUCUAAUUUUACUGACAAUUCAGAAUGUAUUAAAGGCCUUAUAUUGGACUUUAAUGAGCCACGUAGGUGUCGUUGGCAAAUUGGACCAAAAGUGGAUCUUUGAUUGCAUUCAGCUAACUGCAGCCCAGAGCUUCAAUUCACUUCAACUUAACAAAAGUACACCAUAAAAAAGUCUUUUCAUUUCAAACCAUCUGCAACAAAAACAGCACGAUACAUUACAUUAACGUACCAGUAUGGAGUCAGUAAGGGGCUAAAACAGCACCAACUUUCACCCCAACCCUGCCUGCUGAAGGGAACCCUGGGCUAAAACUGUGCAGUGUGAAAAGCACAAGAUAUGUCUCAGAAAGCACAAGGUGUUGUCUACUGUUUAUGAGAUGCUUGGGAGUCUCUCUAUCAUUACAUAAUGGACCUCCGUGGCAGGAAUCGGGAUAACAAGUCUGUAGAUAGGAAUAGAAGAGUGUUUUUGUUCUUUUUUUGGGAAGAUUAUGUAUGUAUGCACUCUUAAAGGUUAAGUCUCUGUGAUAUGUUUCUAACAACUUUCAGUUUCAAUGAUAUUCAAAAUAAAGCUCCAUUUUCCUCUUACAUCAGCAAGAAA